AUGUCGCUUCUGGUCGACAACAACGCUCCAGACUCACUCCUUGCCGCGGCGUCGCUCCUCUCCACAGCCGCCACUGCUGUCUUCUCCACAGCCUCUGCUGCUGUCUCUGCUGCUGCUAACGCAGUGACAACUUCCUCCUCCUCCUCCUCCUCCUCCUCCUCCUUAAUCUCUCUAGCUCCCUCACCCACAACAACAACAAUAGCAUUCGCAUCAGCUGCCACCUCUGCUAUUGCAGCCCUCACUGCCGCUGCUGCCUCGGCCGCGGAGCCACCUCUGGAUCCAAAGCUCGCUCAUGACGGCAAUAUCCAUAUCAAUACCCACCAGGAUGAUCAGCAACAACAGCAACAGCAAAAAGAACCCUAUCAACCAUCGCACCACCGCCAUUUCCACCAUGAUUCCAUCCACGACGCCGAACAACCUGUCACCUCCUUAGGCGCUAUCCGGUCGCUCUUUUCCUUCUCGGUCACCAUGUUGACCUUCACGACAAUGACUCUUCCCACAGCACUUUACCGCCUCUUGUCGUGGUCCUUCACACUCCACCUCACCUUCACCACCUUGCUCAUUGGUGUUGCCUUUGUAUGCUUCUUCGCCUGGGCAGUGAUCCGGUACCGCGUCCUCACAAAGUACUCUCGCCUCCCAAAAACGGGCCAAGGAAAGCACGGUUCUUCGUUCGAUUUGCAUCCCGACAACCCCUUCAAGAGCCCCCAGGAGGAGAAGGAAGAUCUGGGCUAUCCGGAUGAAUUCCUCAGCGCCUUUCUCUCCAGCAUCAAAAUCUUUGGCUACCUCGAACAACCCGUCUUCCACGAAUUGGCUCGACACCUCCAGACGCGUCGUUUGCCCGCUGGCGACACCAUCCUGCAGAACCCGGAUCUUGAAAAGUCGUUUUACAUUGUCGUCGAUGGCUGUGUUCAGGUGUAUGAGCAGGUGGUCAAGGGCGAGGAGGACGGGUAUGACGAGGAUGAAACACUCGACUCGACUUCUUGGGACGACCCAGAUCAUGGAUAUCAACUCUUAAACGAGGUCAAAAACGGAGGCACGCUCAGCAGUCUGUUUACGAUCCUGUCGCUAUUUACGGAAAAUGUUAAAUUACGCCACGAGGAUGAGCCCUUGAAGGAAUUCAAGAGGUCCGACCCAAGGAGCAGGCAGAACAGCAGCACCAACCUUAACAACAACAGCAAUAGCAACAACAACAACGAUGGUGAGGAUCCUACCAGUCCGACAAUGACCUCGGCCCAAUCCGACCAGCACAAGAAGCACGAGGGCAGCUCGUCGCUCUCACCACCCCCUUUCUCUUCUGGGAAAAAGAAGCAUUCCUCUGCUUCUCACGGACACGGACUUCGAACCAAGGCGGCCAUCCACACCCCGACCAGUCCACUCUCCAAUCCGGAUCACAUGGCGCUCUUCGAGGACGAUGGCACCCCCGUGGCAGACUCGUCCGACGGUCUAGACAUGACCCCUCGCCAGUCGGACAUUCAUGGCUUUGAGGACUCAGAGUACCCACCAGCGUUGACACAAGAGCAAUAUCAACGACAGCAGCAACAGCAACAGCAACCAUCCCGUACUCCCUCUCCGAGCUAUGAGUCUCCCAAGAUGAAACGCCGUGUGAUUGUUGCCAAGGCUAUGGUCGAUACCACACUCGCUGUCAUCCCAGCAGAGGCCUUCCAUCGUCUGACACAAAAGUUCCCUCAGGCAGCCGCACAUAUUGUGCAGGUCAUUCUGAUACGGUUCCAACGAGUGACCCUGCUCACGGGACACAAGUAUCUCGGUCUGACCAAGGACCUUUUGCGGAUGGAGCGUAGCAUCAACGAGAUCGGGAGCUACGGUUUGCCACCAAAUUUCUUCCGACCCCGGACGAUGGAGUACCUCAAAACAAAGUUCAGCGCCGUUCGGGAUGAGAGUGACGAUGACCAUCCUAUCGCCAUCCGUAUGAGGAAUUCGCGCAAGCGUGCUAGUCGCCUGGGUACAAAGGGCAUGGACGGAAGGUCGGCGAGCAACAGCCCCAACCCAAUGUCGCCUGUUAUCGACAGCAGCGAACACGUCCGUCAUGGGUCUGGAUUCAGUGCCUUGAUGGGCGACAACGAAGAAGAGGACAGCUAUUUGCGGGAUCAAGUCAUGGAAUGCCUCUCAAGAAGCAUCGGUCUUGUGCAGUCUCCUCCCUCAAAGCCUAAUGUGCGACCAGACUUGAAGACGACCGGAAGCUCGGACUAUUUUUCAGCCAUGUUCCAGGCAAACAUGACGGGCUCGAGUGGGCUUGGAGGUUACCCGAUGCGCAAGACCGGAUCUUCGACCAACUCGGAUACGGCCAGCAUGGGCAUGGAUGAUUUGAACACCUCCAAUCCGUCCUCGACUGUCCCGUCGGUCAUGAGCGAGAUGGAGAACGAUGUCGAGAUAAUGUACUUCCCAGCAGGAGCAACCUUGGUCGAGGAAGGCGAGCGAAACGCAGGACUGUUCUUUGUCAUUGACGGAGUCUUGGAUGUCUCGAUAUCGCCCAUGCAGCAAACUAAGCAGGAGAAGACGAAGUCGGAUUGGCCUACGAACAUGUUUGGACCUCACCUCUCUUCCUUGGAUCUCAAGGCAAACCUUACUACGACAAAACCAAAUAUCACCCUGCCUAACAGCGGAUCCAUUCACAAAAAGCGAGCGCACCCACUGUUCUCGAUCCAGGCAGGAGGGCUGGCGGGGUACCUUUCGGCCCUAUCUGGGUACCCGUCUUUUGUGACAGUCAGUGCACACACCAACGCUUAUGUCGGCUAUCUGUCCAAGGCUGCCCUUGAUCGCGUCAUGGAGCGUAACCCAACCGUUCUCUUGACGCUUGCCAAGCGACUCAUCACCUUGGUCUCUCCCAUCGUACUCCAUCUGGACUACGCGAUGGAAUGGAUGCAAAUCAACGCCAGCCAGGUGCUUCAUCGACAGGGCGACGACUGCGACUCAAUCUACAUUGUUUUGAACGGACGACUGCGUACGAUCCUGGAGAAGGAGCCAGGCAAGAUCGAGAUCCUGGGCGAGUUCAGUCAGGGUGAGUCAGUCGGAGAGAUGGAGGUUUUGAUGGGCACACCGUUCCCUUCGACUCUGCACGCCAUUCGAGACACGGAGGUGGCGAGGAUGCCAAAGUCGCUCUUCAACGCGUUGGCACAGCGACACCCAGAAAUCACUAUUCGCAUUUCGAGACUGAUUGCUCAAAGAGCUAGCGACGCUUUGAAGAUGGGCUCCAACAUCAAAGCUGCUGGCGUCACGCCCGACUCAGCUAUCAACAACUCCAACCUCAGGACCAUCGGAAUCAUGCCCGUUUCCUCAAGUGUUCCUGUGGCCGAGUUUGCAGACCGUCUUCGCUCUGCGCUGGUUGGGAUUGGUUCAACUGCUACCCUGCUAAACCACAGCACGGUGAUGGGUCUCCUUGGCAAGCACGCGUUCACCAAGAUUGGAAAGCUUAAACUGGACAAUUGGCUGAACGAACAGGAGGAGCAGGCACAGAUUGUUCUCUAUCUCGCUGACGGUGGCCUCACAUCCCCUUGGACUCAGACCUGUAUUCGACAGGCUGAUUGUAUUUUGCUCAUCGGCCACGGUGACGAGGAUCCUGCGGUGGGCGACUACGAGCGACUCCUUGUCAGCAUGAAGACGACGGCGCGCAAGGAGUUGGUUCUGCUGCACGCGAAUCGACACUGUGCUCCUGGAUCGACGGCGGCGUGGUUGAAGUCCAGAGUGUGGGUCCAUGCGCACCAUCACAUCCAGAUGCCGUACAAGGGUCCGACCAUGUUGAGCGACCAGGCCAGGAAAAAGACCAUCAUGAAUAUCAAAGACCACCUGGAAAAGUUUUACACCAACAUUCGACACAACAACUCUCAAAAGAGUCCUGCAUUUAAGGGGAACAGGAGUGACUUUGCCCGGUUGGCUCGACGAUUGACUGGACAGACUGUCGGCUUGGUCUUGGGUGGAGGCGGUGCUCGUGGAAUCGCCCAUAUCGGUGUUAUCAAGGCACUGGAGGAGGCUGGCAUUCCGAUCGAUAUCGUGGGCGGCACCAGUAUGGGCGCCUUCAUUGGAGGUCUCUAUGCGCGCGAGUCGGACAAUGUGGCCAUCUUUGGACGCGCCAAGAUGUUUGCGGGGCGAAUGGCGGCCAAGUGGCGUAUGGUGGCCGAUUUCACGUACCCGGUGACUUCGUGGACGACAGGACAUGCCUUCAACCGCGGUAUCUGGAAGUGCUUCAGCGACACCCAGAUCCAGGACUUUUGGUUGUCGUAUUACUGCAACACCACCAACAUUACGUUCUCGAGGAUGGAGAUGCACCAGUCCGGAUACGCGUGGCGUUACAUCCGUGCGUCGAUGUCCUUGUCCGGUUUCUUGCCACCGCUGUGCGAUAACGGACACAUGUUGGUCGAUGGAGGGUACAUGGACAACCUGCCAGUCGAGUUCAUGAAGUCCCUGGGCGCCAACACCAUCUUCGCGGUCGAUGUCGGAAGUGACGAGGACACGUCGCUUCACAAUUAUGGCGACAGUCUUUCGGGAUGGCUUGUCCUCUUGAACCGAUGGAACCCCUUCUCGAAUGUGUACCAGAACAUUCCCAACUUGGCCGAUCUGCAGUCGAGACUGGCGUAUGUGUCGAGCGUCAAGCAGUUGGAGGCGGCCAAGGCGACCCCCGGACAGUUCUUUUACUUUAAGCCCCCCGUCCAGGACUUUGGGACGUUGGAGUUUGGACGGUUUUUGGAGAUCUGCGAGGUUGGCUAUGAGUAUGGAAAGGAGAUGCUGGAGAAGUGGAGCAAGGAAGGUCGGCUGGGCGACUUACUGGCCGAGAAGGAGAGUGCCAAGAGUCGUCGUGGCAAACGUAUCCGACGCAACUCGAUCUAG